AUGUCCGGAAUCUGGGGCUGGUUUGGCGGGGGCUCGGCCGCGCAGAAGCGCAAAGAUAGCCCCAAGAAUGCCAUUCUCGGCCUGCGGACGCAAUUAGACAUGCUCCAGAAGCGUGAGCGCCAUCUACAGAACCAGAUCGACGAACAGGAUGCCAUAGCACGAAAGAACGUCAGCACGAACAAGACUGCUGCGAAGCAGGCCUUGCGACGCAAAAAGGUCGCCGAAAGCACUCUCGAGACCACGCUGGGUCAGAUCACCACUCUUGAGCAGCAAAUAAAUGCGAUCGAGUCUGCCAACAUCAACCGGGAGACCCUGGCCGCCAUGCAGGCAGCGCGCGAGGCUAUGGGCAAGAUCCACGGCAAACUCACCCCCGAGAAGGUCGACGAGGAAAUGGCGAAACUCCAAGAAGCGAACGACCUCAGCAACGAGAUUGCCACAGCCAUUACCAGCGCCAACAUUGGGCAGCCGAUCGACGAAGACGAGCUGGAGGACGAGCUCAAUGCGCUCCAGCAAGAGGAGGUAGAUUCAAAGCUGCACGAGACGGGCGGAUCGAUCCCUGUCCACGACAAGAUCUCUCUCCCCGCAGCUGGAUCCGGCGCACUCAAGGGGAAAGAGAAGGCAGUUGUCGAGGACGACGAGGAAGAGGAGCUCAGAAAGUUGCAGGCCGAGAUGGCCAUGUAA